AUACAGUGCUUCAGAGGUACGUUUUUGGUUCGUUGAUUGAUUGCGAUGGAUCUCGAUUCGAUACGUAUGUUGGAUUUUGAUAAUAAUAACAAUUGUAUCUAUCAAAAUAAUGAUACAAAAUUUUUUAUUGUUGAUCAUUUUUUUGAUCAUCAACUAAUUUUGAUUUUAUCUGAUGCUACUUUUCUCUAAAUAUAUCAAUUUUGGGAUAUUAGGUAUUUAUAUGUCAAUAUUUGUGUCUAAUUUGGGAGGUAGGAUUAGAUAGGAGAAGGGUGGUGGUGGAAAAUGACUGAUGUACAACACCAGCAAGUUAUACACAAAGGAGAGAGUACGAAUGAUGCGUGUUCGGAUUUCGAGAGGGGUUUUGAGGAGUUAAUGAGGGGCCAAUUAGAUGAUUGUAUGUCAUUUGCAUCAUGUAGCUCCCCGAGAAAUACGGAGGACGAGGAGGAGACUGAUGGUGGUGAUCAGCUUAUGAGAAGGAGACGGAGGUCGGAUCUUGAGGGGGAUGAUUUGGCGGAGUCGUCGAUUGCUAGGAGAAGGCAUUCUAGGAUUUUGAGUAGGUGGGCGGCUAGGCAAGCGCAGGAGAUGAUUACUACGAUAGAAAGGAGGAAUCGUGAGUCUGAGUUAAUGGCGCUUGCUGGUUUGCAUACUGUUUCUAUGUUAGAUUCUUCGUUUUUGACAGAGUCGGACUCACCAUCUCCUUCUCCUAAUUCUAGGAGGCAGGGGAAUGUUGAGAGGCCGAGUACUAGAGCGUCGUCUAUUUUGCAGAUGUGGAGAGAGUUGGAAGAUGAGCAUAUUUUGAAUCGGGCUCGUGAAAGGGUGAGGGUGAGAUUGAGGCAGCAAAGGAGUGUGGAUACGAAUACGAAUGUUUCAAGCACUACGGAAGAGAGAGGGAGUGAACGUCAGAGUAGCUUGGGGGAUGUAACGGGUAGUGAUAAUGACUAUGGGACUUGGUCUCGUGACCAAAUGGAGCCACGGAAUGAGGGUCAUGGUAAUGACGUUUCUAGCCAUGAGCAGACUCCUGAUGUAGGUGAGGUUGAAAGGGAAAGGGUUAGGCACAUCGUCCAGGGAUGGAGGGAGACCGGUGUCACUAAUCCUUCACCAGGUGUUGCCCAGAGGAGUAAUACUCCAAGAGCGGAGUGGCUUGGGGAAACGGAGCGUGAAAGAGUGAGGAUUGUGAGAGAAUGGGUACAAAUGACAAGUCAGCAAAGGGGAACUCAUGGCACUCGUAGGGAAGAGCAAGGUGCCACAGCUCGAGAACAAAAUCAUGAAAGAACGGGUGGUCAACGUGCUGAAGGGCAGACUGAGCAUAUUAGACGGGAUAUGUUGAGGCUGCGUGGUAGGCAAGCUUUAAUUGAUCUACUAAUGAGGGUUGAGAGGGAACGACAAAGAGAACUUCAGGGUUUGACAGAAUUUCGUGCAGUUUCUGAUUUUGCACAUCGUAACCGCAUUCAGUCAUUACUGAGAGGCAGAUUUCUACGAAAUGAAAGACCUGUAGAGGAAGAGAGGCCUUCUUCGGUUGCUGCUAGUGAGUUGGUCCAAUUGAGACAACGUCACACCGUCUCUGGUUUGAGGGAAGGGCUCCGAUCCAGAUCAGAAAACAUUGAUCAUGGUCAAGAGAUCAAUAGUGAAAACCAAGAGCAAUCACAACUGUGGGUUCAGGACACCGACAUCCAUCAGUCCACGGAUCGCACGGGAAACCUGGAAAGUAAUGCAGCUGUUCAAAGCACGAAUCAACAAGAAAACAUUGAUGGAGUGGAGUGGCAAGACCAGGUUGUUGAAGAUGAUGAGAGAGGAGAAUGGCAACAGGAAAACUAUAAUGAGUUUAAUGAAUGGAGAGAUGGGUCUCCAGAAGAUGUUAAUUGGCAGGAAAGUUCAGGUAAUGAUUGGCCCCAAGAAACUUCAGGUAACGGUGGAGAAGGUGUGCAUGGAACCGAUGAGGUAUGGCAUGAAGAUGGCUCACGGGAAGCCAUUGAAAAUUGGCCAGAAGGGCCAUCUGAUCCACCACGAAUGCUUCAUAAUGUUCCUGUGAGGAGAGUUAAUAGGUUUCAACCACCAGAGGAUGACAACGUGUACAGUAUGGAACUCAGGGAACUUUUGAGCAGGAGAAGCGUUUCUAAUCUUCUUCGUAGUGGUUUUCGUGAGAGUUUGGACCAACUGAUUCAAUCAUAUGUCAACAGACAAGGUCGUGCUCCCAUUGACUGGGAACUUCAUCGGAACUUACAGACCCCUGCUUCACAAGGAGGUGACCAAGAGCAGCGCAGGAAUGAACAAACCAAUCAGAAUCAGCAUGAUGGCAUCAGUAGACCGUCACUGGUUUUACCAUCUCCUCCUGUACCCCCACCACAACCAAUUUGGCAUCAUUUGCCUUAUUCUAGUUGGUCGCGUCACAGCAUGCAUCGGUCUGAACUCGAGUGGGAAGUGAUUAAUGAUUUGAGGGCAGAUAUGGCGAGACUGCAACAAGGCAUGAGCCACAUGCAGAGAAUGCUUGAGGCUUGCAUGGACAUGCAACUGGAGCUGCAACGGUCUGUCAGACAGGAAGUUUCUGCUGCUUUGAAUCGAUCUGAGGGUGGAGAAGAUAUCGCUGCAGAAACUUCAGAAGAUGGAUCGAAAUGGGGCCAAGUGAGGAAAGGAACAUGUUGUGUUUGUUGUGAUAGCCAGAUUGAUUCUUUGUUGUAUAGAUGUGGGCAUAUGUGUACUUGUUCGAAGUGUGCGAAUGAGUUGAUUCGUGGAGGAGGGAAAUGUCCAUUGUGCCGAGCACCAAUUGUUGAGGUUAUUCGAGCUUACUCCAUACUGUAAACUAAUUACAAACUGACAGAAGAACAAGAUUAUAGGGAUCUACUUGAUUCUUAAAUUCUAUUUGUUCUCACCUGUAGAGUGCAUUUUUGCCUCACUGUUUUUCUAAUUAUAUGAUGAUUGGUCACACCUUUGUAUAUUUGGAUUAA